AAAACCUUGUUGGGCUCUUUGUCCUCCAAAGCCGCCCAUAACAACACCUUCUACAACGACACAUCCAAUAACUUGAACGGCCUCUACCUAUGCAGAGGCGAUGUUGCCACUGAUAUGUGCCAGAAAUGUGUGGAGGCUGCAAGUCAAGAAAUCCAACAACCCUCUAGAUGCCAAUCUAAUGAUGGGGCAGUCAUAUGGUACGAUGAGUGCAUGUUACAUUACUCUGUUGUUAACUUCUUUGGAAAAGCAGAACUAGAUCCACAAGUUUGGAUGUGGAAUGUCGAAAAUACUACUUCGCCCAAUGAUCCAAAUGUUCAGGCGCUUAAAGUAAUGUACAAUCUGGUGGCAGAGGUUCGGACGGAGCCCAUGAUGUAUGCGCAUGGUGGUGGUACACAGGACGGGUAUGGGAUGGUGCAGUGUAGUAGAGAUAUAAGUGGUCAAGCUUGUAGUGCUAAUUGUUUGGGGAAUUUGAUGGCAGUAGCCGAGAAAUGUUGCCAAGGGCAAAUAGGGUGGCGUAUAUUGGCACCCAGUUGCAAUCUGAGGUAUGAGAAUUAUUCUUUCCUUACACCGCCGGUGCCUCCACCCGUGCCUCCACCCGUGCCUACUACUACAAGCAAAGGAAAUGUGGGAGAGAACACAACAAAUAUCCAACCUGUAACAGACGGAAACACAACAAAGAUAGUACUUAUCACUGUACCAAUUAGUGCAUUCCUGGUUGUUACCUUUGGUUUCUACUUUUACCGAUUAUUUGGCAGAAGAAGAGAAGCACGAGAAGUUCUUCAAGGGAUGAGCCAAGAAAUUUUGUUAAACAAUUUGGAAUCUCAAACAAGGAAGCGAUUCAUGGUGAAUGGGUUGGAAGUUCAGGAUGAAGAUGACAGCAGAGAUAUGCAUUACUUCGACCUAACUACUUUACAGAUUGCUACAAACAAUUUCUCUGACACAAAUAAGCUUGGACAAGGUGGUUUUGGUCCUGUCUACAAGGGAAAGCUUCAUGAUGGGAAAGAAAUAGCUGUUAAAAGAUUAUCAAGCAACUCUGGGCAAGGUCUUGAAGAGUUCAGGACUGAAGUCAAGUUGAUAGUAAAACUUCAACACAGAAAUCUUGUGAGGCUCUUAGGUUGCUGCAUUAAGAAAGAUGAAAAGCUUCUGGUCUAUGAGUAUAUGGCCAACACUAGUCUUGAUGCCUUCCUCUUUGAUUCUACAAAAUGUAAGGAAUUAGACUGGGCUAAGCGAGAAAAUAUAGUCACUGGAAUAGCGAAGGGACUUUUGUAUCUGCACGAGGACUCUCGGCUCAAAAUCAUCCAUAGAGACAUGAAAGCAAGCAAUGUUUUAUUGGAUGAUGAGAUGAACCCAAAGAUAUCAGACUUUGGCACUGCCAGGAUUUCUUAUGGUAACCAAAUUGAAGCUAGCACCAACAGAAUUGUGGGUACAUACGGAUACAUGGCACCAGAGUAUGCAAUGGAGGGAAUAUUUUCAGUAAAAUCUGAUGUCUACAGCUUUGGAGUUCUAAUUUUAGAAAUUAUAAGUGGCAGAAGAAACAGUGCUAGCUUCAAUCUCCCAGCACGAACCCAAGGCUUUUUACAAAAUGCAUGGCAACUAUGGAAUGAUGGCAAAGCACAAGAGUUGAUAGAUAGAAACUUGAUCGGCAGUUGUCCUGUACAAAAGGUUGCCAUAUGGAUUAACAUCGCAUUGUUGUGCGUUCAAGAAAACCCUGAUGAUCGGCCCUCGAUGUCAAAAGUUGCUUUCAUGCUUGGAGGCCAAUCAACAGAGAUUGCCAAGCCAUCUGAACCUCCAUUCUCUGUUGGUAGAUACCCCGUGUCCGAUCAAUGGUCAUCUACCGGGGAAGGAACAGAACCUGCAAGUAUAUCACUUACACUCCCCCGAGAAUAGACUUGGACGGAUGAAGACUUAAUCCAUCCAAUUCAAAACCAAUUGGCAAUGUGUGGAGGGGCUUUUGAAGGAUAUUAACCAAGCUUUGAACACACGUAAUGUUUAUAUCCAUCACAGAGAUUACCAUUUUGUUAAUUAGAAAUUUUGCUAACUAGGUGUGUAUCUAUCAUAUGAAAAUUGAAAUGUGGAAUGUGGCAUAUGUGAGUUAAUUACCUUUUUUUUUGUUUCCAUUAAUUGAUGAGUAUACUAAUUUAACUUGUACCUUCUGUCUCAGACACUAGUUCUAACUUCUUUCAUGUUAAAUGUCAGAGUCUCCGUGUAUUUUUACCAAUGUCAAAGAAGGUAUAAAUAUUUUUACCCUUUCCUUCCUGCAUAAGGGUUAUAGCUUACUGUGCUUCCCAUAAUUUGCUUGUAAAUGAAGAGUGGCAAACUACCUCUGCUUUCAAAUGUAAUUUUCUAUUCAGCUGU